CGAUAAACCACUAAUUGGGCAUUGAAAGUUCGUACCAAAACCAAGUUAUACGCUGCUAAUUCCAGAGGAUGUUCGAUAGUGUGUUGAGAUUUGACACUCAUAAUGUCUUUAAUUAGAUGGGACAAAACACAAUGUAUCUAUUUUAGAAAACCCCUUUUUCUGAUAUAAUUGAAUUUAGUUAUGAAUCCCUUAUCACAGCAACAUAGUGUAGCUAGUAUCGGAAGCUUGUUGGGCAACUUACCUUUACAAGGAGAUUCAAGUUUACAACAAAAAACUCCACUUAUUCCUGGAGGUUCAGUCAAUCUUAGCUUACAUGUGUCUGACAAUGCCAUCAGCAUUCCAGGAAGAACACCUUGUACUCCGCUCACUUUAUCUACUCCGCUGCAGGACCGAGACGGUGCAAUCCCGGUACCCCAAUUACAGAAUAUUGUGUGCACAGUAUAUUUAGGAUGUAAAUUAAAUUUAAAAAAUAUAGCACUUAGUGCACGAAAUGCUGAAUACAAUCCAAAACGUUUUGCUGCUGUCAUCAUGCGUAUACGUGAACCUCGUACAACUGCAUUGAUUUUUUCUUCUGGUAAAAUGGUUUGUACCGGUGCAAAAAGUGAAGAACAAGCAAGACUAGCUGCAAGAAAAUAUGCACGUAUUAUUCAACGGCUUGGAUUUGAAGCUCAUUUUAAAGAGUUCAAAAUUCAAAAUAUGGUCGGUUCAUGUGAUGUCCGCUUCCAUAUACGUCUUGAAGGCUUAGUACUAUCACAAGGUCAAUUUGCAACCUAUGAACCAGAAUUAUUCCCUGGAUUAAUUUAUCGUAUGACUAAACCGAAAAUUGUUUUAUUAGUCUUUGUUUCUGGAAAAAUUGUUUUAACCGGAGCAAAGGUUCGUGAAGAAAUUUAUGAAGCUUUUAAUAAUAUUUACCCAAUUUUGAAAAACUUUAAAAAAUCUGAUAAAGACCCUAGAGCCCUCACAUCAUCAUCGAAUUAUAUACACCAAUUAACCUGAAUUAAAUUUUAAAAAAUCAGGUUUUUAAACUUGUUUGCAAUAAAAACACUAACAUUACAAGAUACUCCUCCUCCUCCUCUCCUUUUUUUUCACAGAUUUAAUUGUUCUUGAUAAUAACAUCAUCAAAAACCUUAAGUUUCUGUGAAAUGAAAAAUUGUAUAUUUUUCCGCAACUUGCGGCUUAUUUGUACACUUUAUUCAAAGAUUCUAUGCAUAUUCAUUAUUUUUCAACAAGCUAUAUCCUUAGUGUUAUCUUUUUACAUUUAGUUCAGUAUUGUGAUUGAUGUCAUUGUGAAUAUUUAAAAAAUUAACGGUAUCAUUCCUGUUUUUUUUGACCGAUUUCGCAAUGUAGAAGCUUCGUAACUAGACAAUCUAGAACUAACAGUUUGUUAGUUGAAACGUCUUUACUUUACAUGAUUGUGUACACUUGUCAAUACGAAGUCUUUGCAUCAACUUUAUACUGUGUAAUUGGUUAUUAUGCUGUGUUAGUUCCCAACCUUCAUACUAAUGAGUAAUGAUCAAAAAAACCCUUCUAAU